CCUCUUCCGUGGCUUCGAAUGAUAAUGGAAGACAAGGGCAGAGGUUCUGCCAAGGAAACUGCGAAGGUGAAAUUUACGAUUCUGCGGAAUCAAGUGUAUAACUUACUUCGUCAAGGGGUAAGCGAUUAUUUGGAUCAAUCAGCUAAAGGACUGUUUAAGUUUGAUAACUGUUAUAUCUUAUAAAAUAUACUCAAUGUUGUGAAUGGGUUCCUUUUUUCAAUACCCAUAUUUUCGUGCUGGUUAAUUUUAGAGGUUUUUCGUUAUAUUUAAGCAAUCCCAUAAGGACACUCAGGACGGAGACUCUACCGAAAACCUGCCUGAAGCUGUGUAUAAGGUGUGUAAGAAAACUUCGUCGAAGCUUUAGCUCAUCAUUGACUUUACAAAUAUGUCCUCCUAAAUAAUCAGCAUAAUAUACUUAUUUUGAAAUAAUAAUAAAAAUAAUAAUAGACAAAUUGUCAUCAGCUUGAAUGGCUUUGUGUUGACCAGGGAUGGCAGGGGAAAAUUUCAACAACUUAUCUUUUAAUCUUUUGGAAAUGUUUCCAUUUUAUUCGAUAAGCGGAUGGCUGGGUGCGUGUCAAUAGCACUUAAUGUCGUCAACCAAGGUCACACUGAAAAUAUCAAUGGAAAUAUUCUUUGUCUUAUGUUUAGGAUGGCGUUCAGGAAUUUCAGGAUGACCCUCGUUCCGAUGAAGAGGUGUGUUUUUCAUUGAACUGUAUAUGUUUCCAUAUUUGAGAGUUUAAAAAGUGAUCAUCGGCUGUAACGGGAGAAAAUGCUUUAAAUGAACCACCAAGGUUAUUAUUAUAAUUGUUGUUGUUGUUUACAUUAAAUUUAAAAUAUUUUCACCCUCAUUCUCUGAUGCUGUCCCUCAGGUAUUAGGGGCAAUAAAGGACAUUUAUUUCAAAGAUUCCUCAUUCGAUUCCAGUGAUUAUGAGCUUCAUGUAAGUAUUCUGACUAGUCCAAUAUUUUACUUAGUUCCAUGCCUUAUAUAAACACUCAGGUUGGAUUGCUGGCAUUUAGUGAGAACUUCGAGUCAUUGUUGGUAUUGGCAAUGUUAAUUUAAACAAUGAGUCAGGCAGCAUAGCUGAGUGUGUUUUGGCUGCCAAAACAAAGAAGUUAGAGAGUUGCAAAAACUAGCAGUAAAUGUAGAAAUGGAGAAAUCACGAGCCAGAGAUCACCUAUUUUAUAAUUGCUGCCCCUUCAGACACCUCUUUAACCAUUGUAAUUUAUCUGACCAAUGACAGGAGAGUUUGGUAACCAGCCAAGGGUUCAUUCUCCUACCAGUAUUUGAACUGUUGAUACAGAAACAAAUGGUGACUUCCAUUGUUUAUUGACUGAGGACUCUUUUAUAAUCUUGAGAUACUUAUAGCGUAGAAAAGCAGUCCUUAUGCCUUUUCACUUUUUACUCGCCACUUCCUUUCAUAAUUUAACUUUAACCUUUUAAUGUUGCAGCAACUUCCAAAAGUCUUGGACCUUGAUGACCUGGAUGAUUAUCGAAAUGACCUGCGAAGACAGCUUCAGGCUGUAAGCUCAGAAACUUUGGGUGUUUUUGUUUAUGGUAUCUUUACCAGGCAGUAGACUGAAUAACUUGUUUGUCAUUUGUUUAAGGUCUCAAAAACACUUUACAAGAAAGUUCUGGAAAACCACAAUGCUUAUGUGCAGGUAAUGUUAAUAAAAAUAUUUCGGAUGUGUCCUGAGUCUUAGAAUUCUAGAAAGGGGGAGAUGUUUUUGUUAUUUGUAGGGACUGACAUUUCUCUCCUGGUUUUUACCUUUAACUGUAGGAAUUACAAAGAGUAAUGGACCUGGAAGAAUCACUACAUACUGCUUCUUCAAUCUGUGACAGAGGACGAAGGUUAGAUCAAGUCCUUUUAUUGUUUCUUCUCUAGGAUAACUGUCUCAUUAUUAAUUUUGCCUUAUUUACUUUAAAAAGAACAAUGUUUCAAACAAAAAUUACAUUACAUUACUUGAAUCUCUGAAAUCUCUCUUUAAGACACUUGGAUCGUGCUAAGAGAGGAGUAUCUGUCGGUGGAUUAGGAAUAUUGGCCAAACACCGAAAGAAGCAGCACCUGCUUAUGUUACUAGACUCCUUACGAACAAUAAAGACAUUAGUGAGUAAUAAUUUUUUGCUUUGUUUUGUUAGUAUGAAAUUGGUGUUGAUUAGAACAAUAGCUCAGACAGACCACAGAAAUAUUUCAUUAUGUUUUAAUUUUACUUUUUAUUCCCUUCAUUAUUAACUGUAUUAUUAUGUAAUUUGAUUUAAGCAAAGGACAGACGUCAGACUCAAAGAAAUGCUUGAGGUAAGAGCAAGAUAAUGGAAAACUUGUGAAUGUAUAAAUUGCUAAUCUUCCUAAUGUUUGGAAAAACCACAUUAUGAUACCUUUGCUGCCACAAAAAAGGUGUUAAAAAAGGAUGUAAAAUUUAACUAGAAUACAGUUAACUUUUAGUGGUGAAUUUUAUUUGGGCAAGUCAGUUGCACCUGCAGGUUUUUGUAUUAGUCUAUGUAAGCUGAUUUUGCAGUAUUGUUUUAAAAGCCGCAACUGUCUUUGCUAUUGUUGAUAUUUAGUGACAUGAUUUACAGAUGGAUUAACAUUUUCCUGUAGGAAGAGGAUUAUCCUGGUGCUAUUGAUCUGUGUCUUGAGUGCGAGAAGGCAGCCAGAGCAUUCAAACAUUACAGCUGUAUAAGGUAAUUAUUGGUGGGGGUUAAUGCUUCCACUUAUGAUUGUGCCCAUGAAUAUGGUUGGCAUCUUACCUUUACAAAAGAUUUUAAAAAUGGAAACUACCAUAAGUAAAGUAAAAGCUUCUGAUGAUUGAUUAAAAAAAUGAUAGUGGGAACUAAUACUCUCAAGAUUUGCAGAACAAAAGCAAAACUUAAAAAACAUUUUUUUCUUGCUUCACUUGAACGAGUUGAUUGGAAAUAACAAAAGGGUAUAUUAAGUUAUAGUAAUUAGUGCUAAUCAGAUUUUGUUAUUCUCUAUCACAGGCAGGUCUUGGAAUUUAAACUUGAUCAAACAAACUGUUUAUCUUUUUGAUUAAGGCUACCAAGUACAGUCAAACCUCCUUUCAUAGAUACCUCUUUAUUAAGGAUGGUUUCCUGUGUUACAACAAGUUUCUUAAUAAUUGUUCUUGAUAAUUUUAAUACAUUUUUAAAUACAAAUCCUUAUUAAUAAGGUAAUAGACACUUAAUCUAAACUUAGUGAACAAAUCUCAAAUUUAUAGACACAAUCCAUUUUGAUUUAAUACAUUGUCUUUGAUUAUUAGUGAAUUGAGUUCAAACUUACAAGAGACUCUUAUAGACAUUGAGGUAAGUUUCCAGUCAAUGUAUCCGUUUUUAAUGACUUACUACAAAGGUACAAGAAACCAGGAAAUCCCUCCAAUCAUUGGAAAUAUUACAUUAUGAUUAUUGAAUAUUACUAUUCAGCAAAGACUCAGCUGAGGAGAUUAAUAUCUAUGUUAUAUCUAUCCCAAGCUUAUUUUAUAGGGAUGAAGGGGAUAAGUUUCUAAAGAAACUGUGGUGCUGCAUCAGUGGGAGAGUGUAACAGGGUAAUUUAGUAUUAUCAACUGAGUUGUUAACAUAAAUUGGCCACCAUAACGAGUUUAAAAAGCUGAUGUUUUGAGCGUUAGCCCUUCUUCAGAGUGAUUGGUGGAAUUGUGGGUUGUGUGUGGGUUUAUAUGCAGAAAAUGGAGCUACACUAAUGACAAACCUUUGCCAGAGGCAGAUUACUCACAUUAUACCAUACUAACCUUAAACCUAAUUUUAGGUUAACUGUUUCUUUUUCAGAAACAACUUGAUGUGGCCUUAGGGAAGAUGUGCAAAAAUUUUACUCCUGUGAAUUAUGAACGGCUGCUAACUGCUUACAGAUACCUGGGCAAGACACAGAUUGCAAUGGAUAAACUGAUCAUCCAUUUCAUGACAGCCAUUAAUCAUGAGUCAUUUUCUGUUGUAAUGGAUCACCUAGGGGUACUUACUGCUUUUAUAAAGAUCUUGAUGUUAAAUGAUAAUUACAGUACGUAGAAUUAUGGUGAAGUUUUGCCUUGCUGAGUGUCAACUAUUAUCAUCUCUAGAUGUUUGUUUAGAAUUUCAUCUUUUGCCAAGCAGAAUAUGUUUACUUUCAAUUUUUUAAAUAUCUGCCCCAUUUGUGUUAUGUAGGAAUCUUCUUCUGAAGUUAAGUGUGAUGAUGGCUUUCAACAUCUUCAUUUUGAAGAGCAAUGCAAGGUAAAACUAUCUCUUCAUUUGGUUAAUUUCUAGAUCUAUUUUCAGAUCUAAAAAUAGACAGUAAUCCAUUGGGUUACCAAAAAAUUACCAAAGUUUUUUUUUUUUCAGAAAGUUGGAGCUGAACACUUUACGUCAUGUUUAUUAGAUCUCUGUAAGGUAUGAAUCACAGAAAGUACAGUACCUUGACCUGCAACUAUUUUGACUAACUAGAUAACAGUUUCCAAGUAAAACUGUUGUGAAAUUUUCCAAUUUGGUGACCCCUGUUUGGAGGCCAUAUAAUAAGAAGCCUUAUUAUCCAACUGCACAAAGUAGAGAACAAACAAGGAUGGGAUAGAGAACAAAUAUCUGGCGAUAUUGUACGACUAUUCGGACAGUUGGUUAUUUUGUACUGUAAAAAACCUGUUUACCCAGUUGGCUGUGCACACUGCACUUCUCUAUCCACUUUGCUUUUCCUGCCUAAUGAGAAAUGAAUAGAAAGAUUUAGCAGAAAAACAAGCAGUAGGAUAACAAAUAACUUAUUAGACAUUUUUGCAUGUAGUAUCGCUGAAUAAUUUUAACUCAUUGUUUGUAUUUUGACUUGCCCUAUGGGCUCAGAAAAAUACAGCACGACUUCUUAUAAUACUCAACAAAACUACAUACCAAAACAUCUAAGAAGAUAUAUAUAUAUAUAUAUAUAUAAAUAUUAUGAGAGGAAAAAACGACGCAACUACAUAUCCCGACCUCUCAUCACUAAAUAAGCGUAACGAACUCGUAUCUUCAUGCCGACACAGAAACAAAGCGUUGCUACGCAACAGCUGAACAUUAAAGGUUUUAAGUUUACCGCGUAUUAUGCAAAUUUUCUUAGUAUAUAAACGAUAGUCACAUGAAUAUUCUUUCAUUAAACCCCUGAAGAGUGAAGCAAUUCACGAAACAGGCUUGUCGGGAUAUGUAGUUGCGUCGUUUUUUUCCUCUCAUAAUAUUUAUUCUGCUCUACUUCAACGUAUUGAGCACUGUUCCACGCGAAAAUCGACUUGCAGACUUCCUAUAUAUAUAUAUAUAUAUAUAUAUAAUGCUUUCAUAGUAUACAAAGUUAUGUGUUUUAAAAUAAAAAGAAACUGUUCUGUAGUCGAAUGAAUCAGGUUUAUUUGAGUGAUGGGUGCACAUGUUUCCAAGCUCUAUGUAGUUUUCAUCCUAUGUCUUGUUUCAGCAUUAUAUUUAUAUUUUCAUGUUUGUCUGACAAAAAUUCAACUUUUUUAGGUGUUAUGGUCCCUGAUGUUAAGCUAUCAUCAAAUUAUCAAAUGGCAUGAACAGUAUGAUCCUGCUAUGCACAUCAGUGAGACUGAACAAGAUGAACCAUCAGCAGAGGCAACUUAUAACAAAAAUUACAUUCAGCAGAAACUAGAACAUGGACUUAAUAGGAUAUGGAAGGUUUGUUUUAGCAAUGAGUUUGGCAUUGUUGUCUGUCUCCCUUACCUGGCACUUCUUUUAUUAAAAACUUGUCAAUUAAUAAUUAUUUACCAAAGUGGAGUUGAAUAUUGGUAGAUAUUUAACAAGCUGCUGAGCGAUGAAGUAAAUAUCCACCAUUUUCAGGGACACAGAGGUGAAUAAUUGUUUUAGUGUAGAAUGCACAGAAACCAAAACUAUAUGGAAAAAUGCUAAGAACUAAAACUCUUGAUGUACAAUUUGGUCCCUUCUGCUACUCAGGGAAGAAUACUUGCUAAUCACAUCUGAACCACUCAAUCAGCACAUGCAAAAAGCCUUAUUCACCUGUGUGGUAUUUACUUAUUUGUGUCGGAUCCGUGAUAAAGAAAAUAAUCAUAAAAUGUAAUAUGCUCAUCACAGUUCCCUUGAUUAAUGAUGGCUUAUAAUUUGAUGAUCUCAUCUCUAUUAACAUAACAGUCUGUUUUAUUUCUCAUUUAUUAGGAAGUCCAGGAGAGAAUCAAAUCGCAUCUUCUUGCUCAUGACCUAUCUUAUUUCAAGUAUGAUGACUUCAUUUAUGUAUUGGAUCUUGUCAACAGGUAUGGUAACAGCAGUUUUGUUUAUUUUUUAGUUAUUCUGAGCAGUAUCAAAUAAAAGAUUCACUGUCAAAUAAUCUAUAAGCAAAGCUGAUAUAUGUGGUUUCAUAAAUAUAUUUAAAAUUAAAAAAUUUACAUGUAGCAGAUAUCUUUUGUUUUUUUUUUUUAAAUGAAUUUUUUGCGUGUGGUUUUUGUCAUAGGUUGAUAGCUGUUGGUGAAGAGUUUUGUGGCAGCACAUCAGAGGACCUCCAUGAUUCUAUUAGAACACAAACUGUGAAGUAUUUUAAAACUUAUCACAGGUCAAGAAUGGAUGAACUUCGAAUGUUUCUUGAAAAUGAUGCUUGGGAGUUGUGUCCUGUGAAGGCAUCUUUCAAAAUUGUGGACCUUUCAGUAAGUAGAAACUCACUGACUCGUGUUUAUACAGGACUUGGAAGAUUUAGUUAAAAAAAAUUGCCUGAAAAUUCUCUGCAGGAAUUCCGUUUUAUGAAAUAUCAGCAUCCACUUGUCAAAACUCACAAAAGAACAGGAUCAGGGACAGUACAAGUUACUACAGACACAGGUGUUUACACUUGCAAUUAAUAAUGUCUUUCGUGCAUGUAGGUUGUUUACAAUCAGUAUAAAUGAUAACAAAGCACCAGCUGUUACAGUUUAUAUAAAAGAUACAAAUAAACCAAAUAAUAAGAAUUUUCAACAUUCCAAUGCUUAUUGUUCCAUGUAGUCAUAGAAACUCCUUUCAGCGGUCAUGGAUCACAUACUACUUUUGUAUCCACUUGAAAACAACUCUCAUUUCAAAGGUCAGCUCUAAAGAGUUUCUGCUGUUCAUUAAUCUUAUUGAAGUUCUUUACUCAUGUACAGGUCAUUUCUGGAGGUUUCUCAGGCUAACUGAACAUAAACUUUUUAACAGGUUUCUUCUCAAGAUAUUCCACUCAUGGUAACCCUUUUGAUGAUGUGUAUGUUGAAGAUGAAGGGGAGGAUGUAUUAGCAGAAAAUGGAGUAAGUUUUAUUAAUUCUUAUUUCAAAAGGAAAAAUCUUCAUUCAGUCCACUAGAAUUUGAAGACUUUAAUCAACUUCUAGAUACCUGUGAUAUAUCUUUAAAUCAAAGUUAAAUUUAUGUUUUUAUUUAUACUAGUAGAGGUACUCACAAUGGGUUGGUAAGGCAGCCUUUAAGACUUUAAAAGCUCAAUUAAAAGUAACAAAUGGAAAUUGAAUUGGACAGGCUACAUGACCAAACUCUGUUGUGUUGCACAUGUUGCAGUGUGUGACAUGUUCUGCUUGACAGACUUUAAAUGCUUAUGACACUGAUGUUAUGGGAUAUGAAGUCUGUUUUUUCACUCUCAAGGAAAUAGUUGACGGUGAUGUUAAUGAAAAUGAAAAGAAAUCUAGAGGAUUUAGUCAAGAUGAUGAUGAAGAAGAUGAUGAAGAUGAUGAUAUUCCAGGUAAAGAGCAACUGGUGUUUCUUUCUUUCUGAUCUUUGAAUUUUGAGUUUUUUUAACUUUAUUCUUGCACUCUUUAGUGUUAACAGUUUUUGUUAGUGAACUUGUUGUUUGGUUUCUUCUCUUCAGAGGAACUCAAGUUGGAUUAUGUGGAUGAAAGGACUGGUGAAAUUCCAUCAAGCAGGUUUGUUUCUGUUCCAUCUUCUGCACAAUAGAUGAGACCACAACGCAACUGACACUCUUCAGUUCUCUAUUAAUGAAACCUAGAGCUAAAUAGAAGCAGUCUUUUGAGGCAAUUACACAACAAAGCCACAAGGAUCUUAAUUAUUGAAUCACAUUUGGUAUUUAAAACCAACUGAUCAGUGCCUCAUGGCCACUUGUAGUAGAUCAUAUUUCCUGGUAGAGAACUGCGGCACAUCACUGUCGUUGAAAUUACACAGUCACUAUACUUUACCACAAUUAACAACAACAGAUAUACCAGUAUUUUAAAGAUGGUCCCUUAAUUGAGAAUAUGGUGUUCUUUUCUUCUAGGACAGAAAGCUCUGCUCAUAGCAGGAAACAUCAAAAAUUUUUGUCUAAAGUUCCAUGUACCACCAACACAACCCUCAAUGUGUUGAGAGUGUUUGGUAGGUAUAAUAAUAAUUAUCUGAGUUUGUAUCUGUAUACAUGUUCCAGAAUUCUGUCACUUGUAAUCAGGUUUUUAUGAAAAAAAAAAAAAAAAAAAAAAAAAAAGAAAAUUAGUUAUAAACAAAACUGUCAGAUUGGUUCCUAAGUCAAGGUUUGUUGAUCAUUGUUUUUAAAUUAUGGCACUUGACAAUCAGUAACUCUACAUGGUAUUUUAAUUUUAACUGAUGUUAUCAUUACAGGAGUUGUGGGUUGGGUCUAUUUGAAUUGUUUAUCUUAACCAUCAUGUAGCUUAAAGUAUACUUAACACUCAUCUUAAAACUGAAAUUGGUUCUGUUCAUUGUAGGUAAAUAUAUGCAAAUGAUGAACGUGUUGAAGCCCAUAGCCUUUGAUGUUGUGAUUUGCAUGUCACAGUUGUUUGAUUACUACUUGUUUGCUGUGAGUAUUAUGCGACUAUUAGCUUUAGUCCCUGCUGCAAUACUAUUCUGUUAUUACAAGAGCUAAUAGAUAGCAGUCAACAAGCAAAUCUCAAGUGUCUGAGCUCUUCACACUCUUGCUCACUUAAUGAAUGAGUAACAGGUAAUCAAAUGAUUCUUACAGAUGAGCUGCAAUGAUUGCCCUUAAAAGAAUCCUGAAAAAAUUCAGGCUUUAACAAAAUUAAAACCCACUUCUUUUAUUUACUGGACCGGCUGAACCCUAUUACUAACUGAGUUAAAAAGUAACAUGUCAGGAGUUGGGUAAAUUUUCAUUUUUUUUUUUUUUUUUCACUAUUUCUUGUAAGGGAAUAUGAUCUUUAACAUCUAAUUUCUUUAAUUUCAGCUUAAAUGUGGGGGUUGUGUUAUUCCUCGGUAUGACAGAUAUAAAUAUAUUUAUAUCAUAUUUCCUCAUUGUGAUUAGAUUCCUUAACAGGGAACAAACAAUCCACUGAAAAUAUGCCUUGCUUUUGAGAUGUGACUUUGUCGUUCAGCUGGUUGUAAUGCCUAGCUAGAUUCUUAGAGGGAAGCAUUUGAAACCAACAGUAGCCUGAAUUUGUUUCAGGUGUCUUUUCUUCCUAUUUCUUCAGUAAUUGCAGUUCACAUGAAAAAAUUGUUUCAUUGCAUGUUCUCAUUUGUGGUUCAAAAUAGCACAUAUUUCAUAUUAACUAAUUGUGAUUUCUCUCAUUAGGGUAACAGUUGUACACCAAACAUCACUCUUUUCUUAUUUAGUGAAUUGAUCAGAAUUACUUUUUUGCAGGUUGCAUCAUUUUUUGCCCCAGAAGUAAUGGUGAGAAUGUGAUAGUAAAUUUAAAAUAAUCAUAGUAAAUAUGGUUUUAAGAAAGUCAAAAAACACUAUUAACCACUUGUGCUGAUCUUGUUUUAAUGUCAUAGUUAAGAAGAUUCCCUUAGUUGAUACAAUUCUUAUUCUUAUCAUUUAUUCUGGUUCAUAUAAGGUGGAUGGAAGUGCCCAUGGUUUGAGUAUAAAGCUGAGAACAAGUUUAAAACGAAUAUCAGACAAUCUUAUUCAACAUGUAAGUACCAUAAACACAAAGCAAGACUAGCUUAUAUUGCUAAUGAUGUUAUAGCAAAAGUUACAACCAGAUUUAUUACUGAAAAACAACUCCUUACUUGGCUCUGAUGAUGAUUUCUACUUGGGUUGUCAAAUAAUUCGUUGUCACUUAUUAUAACUACUGUAAACAGUAGAAAUCACUUUCAAAAGUUCUUUGAACAGUUAAUCUCAAAAUAUAAUGUGUUUCUUUCAGCCUGUCUGUCAUUAAUCAACAGGAGAGAUAACUCAUUAUAAACUCAUUCUUGCUAAAGGUUUAGCUUACUUGAUUCUGAUAAUCUGAAUUAUUCAUUUUCGCAGUUGGAGUCUGCUGAGAUGAUGAGUAAUGGAAGUGAUAUGAAGGUUUGAAGUGCAUGAUGGAUAAAAGUUGUGUCAAGGAAUUUAUUGAAGGAUCAAAAAGUAAUUAGAAUAAAUAAUUUUUCAUGUUCUCAGGUUCAACACCCUUACUUGUCACCACUUGUGGAUCUCUCUCGAGUGGAUACCAUGUUUGGCUUGUCUGAGAGAAUAAUUGCUACAGAAUCCCUGUAAGUUGCAGUGCUUCUCUUUUUCAAAGUUUUAGGAAUCAUGUUUAUAUUUUGUGACUAACCAGUGUCUGUAAGAUCUUCAGUAUUAAAAAUUCAACAGAAGGCAUUUUCCUUUAAAGUGUUACUAUGUAGAUGCAAGGUUCUACCAUAAUUGGUUUUCUUGGUUCAGAACUCUUUGAUGUAUUUUGUCUUUUCUUGUUUCAGAGUGUUUUUAGCUGGUCAGUUUGAAUUUCUUCAUCCCCAUCUUGAGUCAAUGAUACCUGCUAACAAACGAGCAUUUCUUUCACAGUUUUAUUCCCAGGUAAACUUCUUUUGAGUCAGUCAAAAAAACACGAAGUAUCACUUGUUAUGAAAUUUUAUUUAUGAAAACAUUGAAGAGUUUCAGUUAGGAGUUAACCACAAAGUUUGAUUGACUGAAAUCCACAGACUGUGAAUACUGCUCAGGAACUCAGGCGGCCAGUUUACAGAAGUGUUGGCUCAAGAGUAAUUGAUUAUGAUCAGGUGAGAAUUCUUCUGAAAAGACUUAUUUCCUGAACAGUGUUGUUAGAUUAUGAGUAUUUACAUUAAAUAGAGGUAGAAGUAGUGAGGAUUAUGAAAUAGCUAAAUAUGAACUUAAAAGGAAGAUGAUUUGGUUUUAUCAACUGAGUUGAUAAAGCAAAUUGGUCAUCAUCAAGAAUUUCUAAAGCUUAUGUUUUGAGUGUUAGCCCUUCAUUGGAGCUAAAGUUUUGAAAGGAAUUAAAGAAUAUACUGAUUAAUCAGGUACAAGGAUCAGUCACAGGAUUUUUUUAUUAUUUAUUACUUGCUUGUAGAGUUGUACAAGAGACCAAAGAUGACUUACCCCAUUUCAAUUGAUUUCAGACACUUCAGCUGAUGACUGGAGUGCGAUGGGACAUUCGGGACAUCAUGUCACAACACAAUGCCUAUGUGGACAUUCUUGUGCGGGUACAGCUCAUAUUCUGAAAUGAAAUUAGCAUUUGUGCAGAUUGUUUUCUGCCAAUCAUAUUGGACAGUUAACUUUUAUUGAUUUUUCAAACAGUGUUAUCCAACUAAACAAAACAAUUUUGGCACAAACUGACACAUUAAAAUCUUCCCUCAGGAAAGAUGUAUGAAUAAAUCAUAAGUUGGUGAAAAAGGGGUAUUAUGUGGAAAUAGUGUUCUUUCUUGAUUAAUUAUUUGUGCUUUUUCAAGUAUUUUGGUAGACAUUUAAAAGGUGUUUAACAGGUGUUUCUAAAAAAAAGCAGUCUACAUUCUUGGAGCAUCAAUUCUGAAUAACAGUGUAUUGACAUCUCCUUUAUAGAGAAAAACAGGUCCAAAUGAUAAGUCAGAGUAAACCAAAGAAUUCUGCAUUCCAUCACUUCUGCUCAUGAUCCUACAUCUGGGCAUAUUGUAGCUAAUUACUUCUCUGUACUCUGCUUUGUUAAUCAGGAAUUACAAGUUUUCAGUAUGAGACUGUCUCAACUAGCCAAGUAAGUAUUGAUCCCCAAAUGUAAUUACUGGUGAACUAGUUUAUUUCACUAAUCAUGAAAAUCUGCACAACAUUAGAGUGCUUAUUGCGGAGAUCACACAACCAGAAGCAUCUUGGAAUUACAUCAGUUUUCUUACAAAAUUAUUAACAGUCUGUAGACUGAAAAUUGACAUUCAGUUGAGUUUCUCUUUGUACCCACAGACAAAUUCCUGUUCCUCAGGAGGCUCACUCAGUAUUGUGGGAUCAUUGUAUUCGCCUCGUGAACAGAACCUUUGUUGAAGGGUGAGAAUGCUUCUGCUAAGCUGCAAAGACCUGCUCUAUAUUUCUGUGUAUAGCAAACUGGUGUUAAGUGCAUAUUUCAGGAAAUUCAGGGCUUUCUUUGUUCAUGAGCAAUGGUCUUUUAUUUUAAACAUCAAGUGGACUAAUUAAACAAGUUUGUUUUCUGAGCAGUGUAUAAAAUACAAAUUUCAUAGCAAAGUGAAUCAGAGUCUUUAUUGAAGACCCAAUUUAUGUAGUGAUUUUCUGCUUCAUUACAUCCGUGCCCCCUUUAGUUGCGGUAGUCACAAGAAUGUGUCACCUUGUUUGGGUUUUCAAUAUUUGUAUCUGCCUGUAAGUGGUAAAUAGGGGAGGUACCGCAGGUUAAUUGCCUGAAUCUUUUUUGCAGGCAUCUUUUAACGGUAGUUAAAGGCCCUAUUAGCACUUCACUACUGUCAAUUAAAAUGCUACUGAAGGACACCAUGCAUAGAUAAUCAAAUCACUAUAUUCAGGGUUUUUGUUCUUGAAGAUUUGCAAGUGCCAAAAAGUGUAGCAACGAGGGCCGAGCAUUGAUGCAACUUGACUAUCAACAAUACCUCAUGAAACUGGAGAAACUUACAGAUAUUCGGUAAGAAGGGUGUGAUAUAUUAUGAAUCCAGUAGGUGAUUUCUGUCACAAAAAAUAUUGAGCAACAUGAUUGAUUGUGACUUUAUUUUUCUCAGACCAAUCCCGGACCGAGAGUUUGUAGAAACAUAUGUCAAGGCAUUUUACCUCACUGAGAAUGAAAUGGAAAGAUGGAUCCGAGAACACAAGGUUAGUGAAAUCGGUCAUUAACUCUGCAUGGAAGGUGUGUGCAAUCAAUGUAGAGUGGAGAUUGUUUAUUAAAUUUUCCUUCCUUUGUGAAAUACUUAGUAAAUGAAUCACGAAAUCUAGAUCUGAAAUGAUGUAAUACUUCAGGCUUUAUAAGUAGAUGCUCAGUUUUAUUUCUUCUUAUUUAGUUUCUUUUCCUAAAAGGAGUCUUUGCUAAUGGAUCCUGGAUACUAAUGGAUAUUAAUGGAUAAGAGCCAUCAUUUCUCUACAAUUAAAUUAAACCUUUAUUUAUGUUGAAAAAGCCCCAAUAAAAUACAGUAGUGAGAAGUACCAAAGAAUCUAACGAAUAAAAUUGGCCAGAAUAACUGCUACCCUUUGACUGAUACAUUCCUCGUAAAACUUAUGAUUUACACUUUGGUCAUUCAUAAUUUGGUUCGUUUCUAUUUCACCCAAAGAGAAUGACCCAAAAGCUUUCAAUUAAAAUAAAACCUUUUAAUUUUGCUUUGUUUGGGACUUCUGGUGAUUAAGAUAUGCUAUUAUUUUACUUCCUUUUGUAGUCAGCAGUCCCCAUUUGACCAUGGCAUUGUCUUAUUCGUCAAAUCCUUUCAAUUCUUAGUCAUCUCAGCAAAUUGUUCUUCCUUUUUUAUGAUGAUUUCAUAAAGAUUUCUUCUUUUUCCUCAGGAAUACUCAGCUAAGCAGCUGACAAGCCUGGUGACAUGUGGUGUCGGUUCACAUGUCACCAAAAAAGGAAAACAAAAACUGUUGUCCAUUAUUGAAGAUAUGGAACGCUCGAAAGCUCGGUAGCAGGAGGACUGGCUUUCAUGGUCUGCAUUUCAUUGAUAAUUCAAGAAAUUGUGCGAUAGCAAUGACGAUGAAAAAAGAGAACGAGGAGGAACUUAAUUUUUUUUUUAGCCGGAGCUGUAUGAUAAGAAGUGCGAAGAAGAAACGAUUAGAGGGACUAAAAGUUUUCUUAAAAAUAGUGAAAUUUUUUUGGUAAACUUAAAUCAGGCACAGAAAUGUUGAAUUGGCCUUCAACGAACGUUUACUUCAUUUGUUACAGAAACUUUAUAGUCUUGUAAGGGCCAGUAAAAAGAAAAGCUUAUUUGGAUUUUUUGAAAUAAGUAUUCUAGAUAUAUCAAUACAUUUAAUUAUUUUGUAAAUUGCAAUGAUAUUUUCAAGAUUAAAGGAAAAAAGCGUCGUC